AUGGCUGUGUGUUAUCACUACAUGGCAAACAAGAGCCAUGUAAUAGCCGCACCGCUGUUCAGUCGUUCAAUGCCUUCGAUGCGUGCGUAUGUUUUGUUAUUUAUCGCGCAAGAACCGUUCCUUCGCAUUCCACCAUAGUUCGUGCGCUAGAAGGCUGAUUUCACCGAAUUUCUUCACUUUAUCGCAUGUGUCAGGUAGAUGGAAAAGUGCAUUCAAUCGCAGCACGUGUAUGGCAUUUUUUGUGCACGUAAAUAAAACGUGAGACGAAAGAAGCUACAGUUGUAGUGGUCUAUUUAUAUUUUUGUUGAGCCUUUGGGAGAAUGCCCACUAUUCUAAUCGCAGUAAAACAGGUUCUGACGAUAGUCGUUCUACCGUGAUUGCAUCCACUCGCUCGGUUCAUUAGAUUUUGAUGACAAAUCGAGUGUAAAGUUUUGGAUGACAUGUUAGUGAUAUAUAUGGCCUGUUAACAGUCGCUUAGACGAUAUCUCACUGCAUUAGUCAGUGGUUAUGAGGUUGUACUCUGAAUCCAAAGUCCACAGCGAGGACGCCAUCGACCUUAUUCGGCACGAAUAAUAGUCGAUAAGCAAGAAAGCGAGCUGAAAAAAAAUCCAAUUCAUUAAGUCGUAGCUUAUCGCGCUUCAUUCAUACGCUUGAAAGUUGAUUAUAAGAGCGGAAUUAGCAGGAAAAUCGUCAUUGUAAUCGCAAUGUCGGACCACAUUAGAGCAGCGUCGAUCGAUAGCAGCAAAGGCAAUGGCGGGAGUGCAUCAAAUAGUGCAGUUCUACCCACUUCGUCCGGCAGUAACCAUGAACGGCUCGCAGAGACGCAGAAAGUACCCAAUUCUGAUGAUUUGUAUUUGUUCGACUCACUGAUUGAGCUAUGCAGGAAUAAUAUCAAAUACUUUGCGAGUGAUGAAACGGAGACUGGGCUUAGAAUUCACGGAGCUUUCGUGGGGUUGAUUGAUCACAUUGAAACCGCAAGGCCUUUGGUAAAAGAAGUUCAUGAAUUCGUGCAUGAGUAUGACUUCGAUGAAAAUACUCCAGGAAAUGGAUUCAGAAGUUUUCUGUAUGUGGUUGAUUCCUGUGUCAAGACAACUCUCAAGCUGGCGAGGUAUGUAAUGGAAAAUCGAGGAACGAUACUUUUCAGAAAAGCUAUUUAUGUAAAAGAGGUCGAAGCAUACAACCAUUUGAUGGCCAGCUUAAACACAUGCCUCAAACACUGUCACACUCUACGUGAAUGGACCACGUCUGGAGAACUAUUCCCCGAAGGACGAUCCGUUGAAGAACUUCUUGGCAAAGCGGAUACAAUCAACCAGUUCUGCUUCUAUGGACGGUGUCUCGGCUUUCAGUUCUGUGAAUCAAUGAAACCGUUACUCAAAUUUAUAUCUAUUGGGAUGGCUGGUUUUUCCGAGGGAUAUUACUCCGAAGGAGGCAAAAUCUCUAAAGCCACAAGCUUAAUGUAUACAAGUACAAAGUACAUGUUGGAGCCGGAACUUCGUGCUCGACGGAUAGUGAACAUCUCGCAGCACUCAAACGUGGACUUUUGCAAAGCAUUCUGGUUUUUGGCUGAGUCGGAGCUGAUGCACUCUCUGCCGUCAUUUGUGGGAUUCAAGGUGAAGGUUAGCCGAGUGAUUACCAUACCGCCAGAACCUAUACAACUAAAAGCAGAGAAGUCCGAUGAGAUAAUCAACAUCCCGAUCCCUCAAAGCCACGGUGGAGCUGGUCCAGUCAAAGCACGGCUUAUCAGUGCAGUGAAACGCAAAGGAAUGAUUGGAGAGAAAGUCAAUACACGCAGUACCAUUUAUCCCCCGUCCAAUGGAUUACUCUUUCACUGCCAUGGAGGAGGGUUCGUAGCUCAAAGUUCCAAAUCUCAUGAAGCGUACUUGCGCGAAUGGGCGGUAACACUCAAUAUUCCGAUCCUGUCGAUUGACUACAGCCUUGCACCGGAAGCUCCAUUCCCGCGUGCUCUAGAAGAGGUUUUCUAUGCGUAUUGUUGGGCAUUGAAGAAUUGUGAGCUGCUUGGAACAACUGGAGAAAAGAUCAUCUUUGCAGGAGACUCCGCUGGUGCCAAUUUAAAUUUGGGUUGUGCAAUGAAAUGCAUCGAAACGGGCGUGAGGCGACCGGAUGGCAUAUUCUUAGCCUAUUGUCCGGUCUUGAUAAGCUUCGUACCUAGCCCUGCACGAAUGCUAUGCCUGAUGGAUCCGUUACUGCCGUUUGGGUUCAUGAUGCGCUGCUUGAAGGCUUACGCGUGUCCAAGCAAAGAAGUGCUCGAACAAAACCGAAAGCGCCACGAGGAAAGACAAGCGAUUAUCAAUGCCGGUCGAAAAGUCACAGAUGAAGUGCCGAAAAUGUUGGAGCUUAACGGAAAUGCAUUUGGCAAGGCCGCAGAAGACAACAAGUCAGACCAUUCAGAAUCUCCGGAAAAUUCCGCUUGGGACCAGUUGAACAGCUUAAACACUUUACAGUUGAACAAUCAGCACCUGAGCCCGAUGAGUGACACUGUGAGUGAUACGAUUGCGCUACAAGGGCAAACCGUCGGGAAUACGAUUGAUCUCAUGAGUCCAGACGAGAGCAACACCAUCACGUCGUUGGAAGAAGACUCGCAGCCAAUCACGUUGCAGCAAGUCAAUUUGAACACCGAAAAGAGCAAUGUAACGGUGAUGGACGAUUUGGACAUGGACCUUCCCAGCGAUAUGAGUUCGGAGCAGAAUACCAACAAAUAUGUGUCGGAUUUCAUCGAAAGAUAUGUACUGGACACAACCACGAACGCAGCAGGAGAAAUUGAGCCAGUCUUGAGACCGGUUUCACGAUCAGCUUCCGAGGAGAAUGUAGUACUGGACAUAGGAAAAGAAACAAUUAGUGUACAAAACCUACAAGACAAAGUCUCCAACGCGGCCAGUAACCUGGUAAACCGGGUAUCCUCGACGUUCAAUUCCAUCACUACUUCGAAACCAAUUACCACCAGUGGAUCGCAGUCCGAGUUCCAAAGCAAUCUGGAAGCGCUGAUCGCCCGCAGUCCCUCGGAUGAGUUCAUCUUUGAAGUGCCGAAAGACUCUCACAUGUCACCGUAUUGGGCCUCGGAUGAAGUGUUAAGCCAAUUUCCUCAGACGAAAAUUUUGACGGUUGUGUUGGAUCCAUGCCUGGAUGACUGUGUAAUGUUUGCUAAAAGACUGAAGAAUCUGAACAAUCCGGUCUCACUGGAUAUAUUGCCAGGGCUUCCACAUGGAUUUCUCAAUUUUGCGUCUAUUUCCAAAGAAGCACAUGAAGGAUCUAAACUCUGCGUCAAACGUAUUGCAGAAAUGCUCGAAGUAUCGCUUCCGACGGAUGAUCUCGCUACUAAAACGUGUUGUUAGCAAAUCGGUCGCUGCCUAACAGAAUCGAAGCAUUUGUUUCGCAAAGGUAGUGAACGCAUCGAUAACGUUUAGUAGCAUACACUGUACUGCAUCACAAACGCAUUAACUGCUAACCGGGUUUGGAUCCGAAUGGAGCUACUUUAGAGAAGCUAUUUAAGCCGAUGUUCAAUCAUCACGAGAAUGUUUUUAUGAGUCUCGUAAUGAUUUUGCAUCUAUGCUUUUUAUAAAAACCGUGACACGCUAUAACUACACUUUUGCAACAAAUAAUACUGAACCUUUGGAAUCUUAUAUUAGGCAGCUUGCGCAUAGUUAUAUAAUCAUAAAUCGAAGGAAAUUUAAUUUCCAUCCCGAUUGUGAAUUGGCCUUUGCUUAGGGUCCAGCAUUGUUUGCAAAUAUAUUUUUGAUUAGGUAUAUGAAAACUCGUUGUUAUCAAAAAGCAAAACUCAAGAGGCAUGCAUUAAGUAAUAAUAAUUGAAUAAAUUAGCUCAAUGAAAAGUUCGCAAUAUUACACAGCGAAGCAAUACGACAAACUUAUUUAAACCAAAAAACCAUUAAAAACCGAAGAAAAAAGUCAAUAGCCAGAAAGCAAUCUAACAGAAACAAUCUACCUAGUUUGUGUAACCAAACAACAUAAAAAGGAUAAUCAAGAAAAAAAGUGAAAGGAAGCUAAUCAAAACCAAAACCGAUCCACCUUAUUUACAUUGCUCAAGUGUCGUGCCGGAUAUUAUGUGACUAUUUUUAUGCGAAAGCGAUGUGUUUCAUUUUUGUGCAAUUGACUGUAAUUUAUUGAGAAAAAUGUUAUAGUAAUCUCUUCAAUUCAGCUAAAUGUGCUAAAAAAUAAACCAAAGACAAGAAGAUUAUACUGAGUGUAUUGGCGACAAAUUAACUCGACGGUGUUUGCAAUUACAUUUUGAUUUUAUUUAUGACAAUUUUUUCAGGUAUGAGGAAACAUAAAAAAACUAUUUACAAAGUAUAGCAUUAAACAUCAUUAUCGGAAGGAACACAACACAUUAACUUGUAAUAUAAUUGUACCUACUUGUGCAAUAUAUGUCAGAUAUGUAUUAUAAUUACCAUUGUUGGAAAGCAGAUGGAGAAGAUCACGUUACCUACACAUUUUAACCGUUGGAUAAAAUUUACAAUUGUUACCUUGGUAGAAUGUAAAACAUAGAUAUUAACAAACCUUUCAGUCAAUAAACAUACUUUGUAAAGCGA